CUCUCCCUCCAAAGUCCAAACAUACAUUUAUAUAUAUAUAUAAGCUUUCAGAGUUUGUCGAGGCGGUUCGACCAGUUUCUCCGAAAGCAGCACAAAGUUGGAACUGAAUUUUACAAGUGUGGGUCUAGAGAUGGGAUUGCCACAAUUAUCAGCAACUAAUGGGGAUACUGUUUCGGUUUCAUAUAACUCUUGGCUGAUGAAACACCCAUCCGCGUUAGAUAAAUUCGACAAAAUGCUGAGCUUAGCAAGAGGGAAAAAGAUAGUUUUGUUUUUGGAUUAUGAUGGUACACUCUCCAAGAUUGUAGACAACCCUGAAGAGGCUUUUAUGACCGAUAAGAUGCGAAUGGCAGUACAUGAUGUUGCCGAUUGUUUUCCCACUGCAAUUAUAAGUGGAAGGAAUCGACAAAAGGUGUAUGACUUUGUAACAUUAGACAAUGUUUACUAUGCUGGGAGUCACGGUUUGGAUAUAGUGGCUCCUUUAGAGUCUUCCAAGUAUGGAGAUUCCAAACAUCAAACUAAAGUUGUAGAUAAAAAGGGUAAUGAAGUUGUUCUCUUCCAACCGGCAAAGAAGUACUUGCCUGCAAUUCAACAGAUACUUUGCACAUUGAAGGACAAAACUAGUAGCAUAAAAGGUGUCAUGAUUGAAAACAACAAGUUCUGCAUAUCCGUACACUUCAGGCACGUGCGCGAUGAGGAUUUUUGCACCCUUGAAAGGCUGGUGAAGUCUGUAUUAGCAGAUUACCAAGAGUUUCGCUUAUCAAAUGGCAGAAAGGUUUUUGAGAUACGUCCUGAUAUGGAGUGGGAUAAAGGUCAUGCUCUGGAAUACUUACUUGACACUUUUGGACUUGGCAGCUCCAGCGAUGUUCUUCCAGUGUACAUUGGAGAUGAUCGAACCGAUGAAGAUGCUUUUAAGGUUAUUCGGAGCAGGGGACAAGGUUUUCCUAUUGUUGUUUCUUCCAUUACAAAGGACACUGCAGCUUUAUAUUCUUUGCGUAACCCAGACGAGGUGAAUAAAUUCUUAUUACGCCUAGUGAGGUGGAGCAAAAAUUAUUGUUUGGGCAAUUAAAUUGCCUAGAUUUCGAGAGAGACUAAUAAAGAAAAUGGUGCAUCAGUCCACCAGCCCUUGGUGAUCCCGUGCCCAUUAUUAUUGCUAUGUAUACUUAAGUUGCCUCCAUAUUUGGAUUCAACUUUCGUAACACACAGCAUGAUAUGAAAUAGAGGAGUGCUAACUGGAUGGAAGUACGCGCAAUCUAGUAUAUAGAAUCAAGACAGUAUAGAGGUAGACCACUUUUCAGAGGCUGAGCAUUUUUGAGCCGAAAGGAGACUUUCUUUCUCUCUUUUUUUGGAAAGAAAAAUCCCAACCCCCGGCUUGAAUUUUUCUCUCUCAUGUAGUAUGAUUUGUGCUUCAUUUAAUAAAAGAAAAUCCUGUUGGUAUAUUUAUAUGUGUGUGUGUGUUAUGUAUAUGUCAAUUUCUGAUAGAUAUCUGGUGCAAGGGUAACAUGUUUGUUGUUCCAAUGGCAAUGUUUCAGUUGUAUGUUUGAUGAAUUGAAUA